UCGCGACAAGCAACCACGAGAAGAGAGGAAGAGACGAUGACGGACCUCGCACCUGACCCAGAUGCGCCGUCUGCGCCUGCACCGGCUGUUGUGGUAGGUGCAGUCGAUGAGGAUGAGGGGCUUAAGCCGGGAAAGGGAAGCAAGGCGGGUCCUUCAGCGGGCGGCGGCGGCGUCGAGGGAGGUGACGACGAGGAUUCGGGUGACGAGGCUGCGCCCGACUACCGACUGAUUGCCUCAUUGGCUCGCAAGGGCGCGUCCAGCGGAGCAGGGGCCAACGCACCGAUGAGCAUCCCAAAGAGAGGCGAAAAGGACUUCGAGCCGACUGGGUUCGUGGCGCAGAGCCGCGCUCUCGAGGCGAGUAGGAGCGCAAUGUUCGACGUCAUCAGCACCGAGAGGAAGACGGGGAGCAAGAGCAUCUCCGUCGCUACUUGGGAGCCAUUGCUGAAACGAGCGAUCGUGCAUACGGCCAGGGGCACAGUACUCAACGCCAUGGGCGUCAGCCAUCGUGUCUUUGUUUUGGAGGAUGGGCGUGACGAGGAUCUGGCGCAACUGACAAGCAGCAAUGGCGAGACUUCGAAGCGUGCGGGCGUUACAAAGCAAGAUACAUUUUACCCAAAGACGAGGGUGCGGCUGGAACUGUUCCCCGAAGAGGCUCUCUACCUCAUCGAACGCGGUGCCCUCGAAUGCCGUAUCAGAAUCGAUGGGAAGACAGCAGAUGUCGUGCAGGAGCAGAGCACCAGCGAUGAUGACGAGACAGAUUCCAAGGACACCCAGUGGAUACCCAUGACGGUGCAGCAGGCAUUCGCAACCAUGUUGGACACCGAUGGCAACACUCGACAACGCUACCAGCUCUACGCCUACCUCAAGCGGCUCGGCUACUUUGUGCAGCGCGUGCAGAUCGUCGAUGAGCUUCGAAGGGUCGCUGCGGAUGCUCGACGGAAGAAGCGAGACUCUCAAGAGCAGGAUGCAGAAGAGGAGGAAGAGCUGGCCGCGAAGGGCAUUCUUAUUGACAAGAAGCACCCCUUGCGACUCGUGACCAUCUUCGACCUCUUGUUCUAUCCUCUACGUCGCAUCUUCCAGGCAAGCUAUCACGGCGUACAGAGCAUAUCGGCAUGGCUCCUCGCCCUUCUGCAGUGGCUCCGUAGCCGAGUAUACAGCGUCCUAAUGACAAACAAGAGCAGUAAUAAUCUCGGCGAAAAGAGGACACAGGCUCCAACAAGUCGCGGUCUUCUGGGCAUCACAGGAGGACGAUGGGACAGCUAUGACGCCGUAUUUGACCGUCUCCGAAUCGUUCCAAGUGGCCAUGACCGACCUUUCCACGGUGACGAGCCCACCAGAAAGGCAGACAAACAAAAGCUCGAGGCGCCAGAGAUCUGUUUCUACGCUUGGAGACCUGCAACGCACUAUAAACGCACCGAUCCUCCACUGCCAGAAUUCCGCAUUGCAGUGAUGGAUGCGCAAAAGACUUCGCUGCUGAGCGGGAGGGGUUUCGGAGAGCUGUAUGCGCAGCUGCCACCGCUGCCGAGCCAGAACCGAGGGACUGGCCAUGAAGGAGAGGAAGAGGAAGAGGACGAAGAGGAGGACGAAGAAGAGAAGAAGAGGGCAGCGAUGCAAAAGAAGCGAAACGACGAGAGCUACGGGCGAGGUGCCGUCAAGAAGAUGGCGGCAGCGGCAGAAGCAAAGAGGAAAAAGGCGAUUGCAGAGAGGAGCACAGCGGCGCCAGCUUCGGCAGAAGAGCCGACAAAGAGUGCUAGUGCCGACCCUGGAAUGCUCGCUGCUGCGCGGAAAGCUCUCCGAGUAAGGCUCUUCCGACUCCUUCGUCUCCUCACGACCAUCUUCUCCCUUCUCCCACCUGGCGCUCGCCCAGUGGCCUCGUCUUACCGGAGACUCGGCUACGGCGCUGGAAGACGUCCAGGCGGCGGACCUCGCUCUCCCAACGUCUUUCCGCCUCUCAAGGCCGGCCGGAGAAAUGUCAUUGUGGCCGUCAAUGACUGUGGGACCACGAGCCUGCUGCGAUUUGGCGAGAGCGAGUUUCACCGAUGGAAGCUGGCCGGCUCCACCACCUCAUAAACCUGUACUAUAGCCCUCUCACAAUGCAACAACAAUGUAUCUUUUCGGUCG